AUGACAACCUUUUAUUGUUAUGAUUGUUCGACUGAUUCAGCAGCAUAUAGCUCCUCAGCUGAUCUUGAAAUACAUAUUGCCAACGACCAUCUCAAUAUAUGUCUUUACGAAUGUGAGAAAUGCAAGUUUGCUAAGUUUCCUACCGAACACUCUUUAAUUAUGCAUUAUAAGCAUGUACAUGAAAUGGAAGACUUCUAUGUUCGUUAUCGACAUACCCCGGAAGGAAAAAUACGACUUGACCAAUUACGCGAAAGAUUAGCUUUAAGUAUCAGACUGAGUGAAGCGAAAUCGCCUACUGAUCUACCUUUGUUUUCUGCCAAAAUGGAUGAUGUGCUACUAGGGAAUUUUUCACAGAGCAGUGUGCCCUCACUCUCAUCGCCUGAAUGUCCGGAAAGGAGAUCCAGUUUACAAGGCAGUGUAGACGAUACAACUAACGAAUUACUCUCAAGUAUAGAUCGAGUCAUAGGAGAAGCUGAAAAUCUAGUUAAAAAGAAGAAAGGUCUUGUGAGUUGUCAGCUUUGCGGUCUGCAAGUUUCUAACCAGCGCUCCAGCUUAAUCUACCAUGCUAAUACUAGGCAUAUCAAACUCACACUCUACCAAUGCUCAGUUUGUAACAAAGUGUGGCACACUAUAGCCAAGUCAGAUGUUGUGAAACAUGUAAAGGCUCUACAUAAUGGAGAUGAAUCUAUGGUCAUAGAUAACAGGAAGUCACUUGCUCAAGAUUUACGUUCAUUUACUCUAAAGUGUUUCCCACCCGAUCCGUCGGCUAGAAAACGCCCUAUGAGUCAAGGCGUUUCUCCUGAUAGAACUUCUUCUCAGUCAAGUUCCUUCGAAUCAUUGCCUCCUCAGCCCUCUCAAUCCUCUUCUCAGCAACAACAAGCGCCAUUCGUGAUUCCCAAGUUGGAGGAAAUAGAUUACGAUUACGCGGUCGAAAAUCCAUUUUGUGAAAUGGCUCGUAAACUGUGCUCUUGA